AUGGAUCCAGCCCCCAGCUCCCCAGAGCAGCUCCGCUCCUCUGACCCCCAGACGACCUUUGACCUCGGCAAGGUGCUGCUGGCCGUGGCGCUGUCCGUUCUGGCCGUGGCGUCGGCGGCGGUCAACGCGCUGGUCAUCACGUCCAUCCUGGCCACGCGCAAGCUGCGCAGCCCCGCCAACUUCCUGAUCUGCUCGCUGGCGCUGACCGAUCUGCUGGUGUCGGUGCUGGUGAUGCCCGUCAGCAUCGUGUCGCUGACCGCCGCCGACGGACGCUGGCGUCUGGGCGCCGCGCUGUGCCACCUGUGGCUGGGCCUGGACGUGGUCUGCUGCACCUGCUCCAUCCUGCACCUGGCGGCCAUCGCGCUCGACCGCUACCGCGCCAUCACCGACGCCGUGGCGUACGCCCAGAAGCGCACCGCCCGCCACGCCCUGCUCACCGUUGCCGCCGUCUGGCUGCUCAGCGUGCUGGUGUCGCUGCCCCCGCUGGUGUGGAGGAAGCAGGACGACGCGGCGGACGAGGAUGGCCCCACGAUGUGCAUCAUCGAACACGACCACGUGGCCUUCACCGUCUACUCCACGUUCGGCGCGUUCUACGUGCCGCUGCUGCUCAUCCUGGUGCUGUACUAUCGGAUCUACCGGGCCGCCCAGACCCUCCAGAACCGCCGCGGCAGCCGCCGGCCGUGCCUGACCGUGAGCAGCGCCGUCCUGCCCGGGGAGGGGUCCGGCUCGGGCGCGCUCAGUCCCGUCACCCUCAGCCCCACCGACCGCUCCUUCUCCGAGCUGUCCUACGAGGGUGACCGCACCUGCGUGGCUGCCGGUCCACGGCGCGCUCCUCCGCUGCGCCCCCCGUGUCGACCCUCUGGCGCCGCCCGUGAGCGCAGGGCCGCCCUCACCCUGGGGCUGAUCCUGGGCGCCUUCGUGGUGUGCUGGCUGCCCUUCUUCCUGAAGGAGGUGAUCGCCAACAGCUGCCCGUCGUGCCACACGCCCGCGGCGCUGGCCGACGGCCUCACCUGGCUGGGCUACCUGAACUCGCUCAUCAACCCGCUCAUCUACACCGUCUUCAACCAGGACUUCAAGAAGGCCUUCAAGAGGCUCCUGGCCAUCCCAUGCGCGCACCACAGGUGA